AUGGCGACUUCAUCACCAUCCGAGUUCUUGACCUUCCUCCGAGCAGCUGCGACUAGCCGAGCUCUUCAAUGCAGCUCAGUCUCGAGACAAUCUGCCCGAUCCUUCGCUUCUUCGAUUCCCCGACGGCAGGGCUCAGCAUCUGAUAAGAAGGACGACAUCGGUGGCCCGGCUCAGAACAAGAAGCAUGCAGCAGAGAAAGGCUCCGAUGGCGAGCCGAACGUACAAGCUUACGAGAGCAAGAAGGGCAGAGAGUGCGUGUUGUUGUUCGAUGAAUGCUAGGGGUUUACGUUAGGCUGAUCCAUCAUACAGGAAUCGCGCGAGGGGCGAAGGCGGCGUAGCAACCGAACAGAGAGAUCCAGGCAAGUCGGCAACUAAAAAGGCAAAAGAAGAGUUCCCAGAGGCACCCGUCACCAUUGGCUUUCAGGACGAAAGGGGAGGGAAAGGACAUUAA